GGCCAUAUAGCCAAUUUAUGUUUAGGAGUAUUCGUUAUUGUUAUCGUUCUUGGUACAGCAACAAUGCCGGUGAUUUUACCAGCAUCACCCACUCGUGAGAAGGUAGUGCCUGAGGAUGGAUCAUCAGCCAAUGCAGACAAUGUAAAAACAAAGACAAAACCAUCAGGAGAGGAAUUUAAAAAGAAGCAAGACAAUACACUAACCCAACCUGUUCUUGAUAAUUUGAAUGCACAAAUGCAAUAUGUUGGAGCCCUUAUGAUCAAUGGUGUGAUAGGAGGGACAGUCUUCAGAGUUGGGACACGUUACGUGAUGACAGCUUCCCAUGUUAUACGCCCAGUAGUAUAUGAUGGCGUGUCAAAAGUUUUAGAUUUACAGCGUCUUCGAAGUGAGCAUAUUUAUGUUAACUUCAAUGAAGCCAUAGGGAUUUUGCCACGUGUUGUUUGUUACUUAAACUGUUGCUUUUACCAUGAGGAAUUAGAUGUAGCUGUUUUAGAAUUAAGCAAUUUAAGUGGUUUGCCUGGAAAAAUGCUCCUGUGUAAGGGUGAUACCAAUCUUGAAAUUGAAAAUGUGUCUGUUAUAGGGUAUGGUAAUCCAAAACAACAGUUCAAGAAGCAUUUGGACCCGUUAUGUGAAGUUGUGCCUCAGCAUGGUAGAGAGAUUAGGUUAGCUCAUAGAUAUCUGAGAAAAAACAAAAAAAAGAUGAAAAAGAUGUUAUCAAAUCCCAAAACAGUAGAUGAUGGUUAUCAAGGUUAUGAUGACGAGAAAAACAUAAUCUUUCACGGGUUCUUGGAGCACGGUGCCUCUGGGGGACCAUUGUUAGUUUGCAAUGAUCCUCACUCUGUGAAAGUUAUAGGAGUCUUGACACAUGGAAUUCCAGAAUGCUUCUAUAAUCUUCCAGAUAAUGAGCAAAACAAAUUUCCAAAAAAUUUUAGAUUUCACUUGGCUUGUAGGAUGCCAAUGAUUUAUAAUGCAAUUUAUGCUGAAAAUGAAGCACUGGCCAAAGAUUUGUUUGGGGGACACUGAGACAGCAUUUUGUUUCUCAUGGAAAAAAGUAAAUUUAAUAUGACAGAAAUAUGUACUCUUGUUAGAAGUCAAAAUUAAAUUGGUACUUAUUUGUCAAAAAAAAGUAUGCGUGGUAGAUGACUUUCAGCGUGAAUUAGAAUCUGUUCAGGGCAUGCAUAGAAUACAUAUCAGUUGCAAAUAUCCAGCACCUGAUUGGUUGAUCUGACAUUUAAAAUUAGCCAAUGGCAAGGUUGCAUUCCGAGACUGGUCUCCAAAUCUUAGUUGAGAAUAGAGAAUAUUAUUAUGUCUCCCCCACCCCUCUGGGGGAGACAUAUUGUUUUUGCUCUGUCCGUCCGUCCGUACGUCACACUUCAUUUCUGAUCAAUAACUGGAGAACCAUUUGACCUAGAACCUUCAAACUUAAUAGGGUGGCAGGACUUAUGGAGUAGAUGACCCCUAUUGAUUUUGGGGUCACUCUAUUAAAUGUCAAGGUCACAGGGGCCUGAACAUGAAAAACCAUUUCCGAUCAAUAACUUGAGAACCAGUUGACCAAGAAUGUGGAAACUUCAUAGGAUGAUUGGACAUGCAGAGUAAGAUGACCCCUAUUGAUUUUGGGGUCACUCAGAUAAUGUUCAAGGUCACAGGGGUCUGAACAUGGAAAACCAUUUUCGGUCAGUAACUUGAGAACCACUUGACCCAGAAUGUUGAAACUUCAAGGUCACCCCCCCCCCCCCACCCCCACUAGGGGAGACGUAUUGUUUUUGCCCUGUCCGUCCGUCACACUUCAUUUCCGAUCAAUAACUGGAGAACCAUUUGACCUAGAAUCUUCAAACUUCAUAGGAUGGCAGGGCUUGUGGAGUAGACAACCCCUAUUGAUUUUGGGGUCACUUGAACCACUUGAUUCAGAAUGUUGAAACUUCAUAGGAUGAUUGGUCAUGCAGAGGAGAUGACCCUUAUUGAUUUUAGGGUCACUCUGUUGAAGGUCAAGGUCACAUGGGCCUGACCAUGGAAAACCAUUUCCAGUUAGUAACUUGAGAACCACUUGACCCAGAAUGUUGAAACUUCAUAGGAUGAUUGGACAUGCAGAGUAGAUGACCCCUAUUGAUUUUGGGUCACUCUAUUUAAUGUCAAGGUUGCAGCAGAUAGAAAAUGAGAAUCCAUUUCCGGUUGAUAACUUGAGAAGCAUUUGACCUAGAACCUUCAAACUUCAUAGGGUGAUAGGAAUUACAGGGUAGGUGACCCCUAUUGUUUUUGGGAUCGCUCUAUCAAAGGUCAAGGUCACAGGGGGCUGACCAUAGAAAACUCUUUCCAAUCAGUAAUUUGAGAACCACUUGACCCAGAAUGGUGAAACUUAAUGGGAUGAUUGGACAUGCAGAGUAGAUGACCGUUAAUGACUUUGGGGUCACUUGAUCAAAGGUCAAGGUCACAGGGGCCUGAACAUGGAAAAUCAUAUCCAAUUCAUAACUUGAGAACCUCUAAUCCCAGAAUAUUGAAACUUAGUUGGAUGAUUGGACAUGCCAAGUAGAUAAUCCCUAUUGCAGCCAACCAUCAGUGUCUCUUUGACUUUCGCUCCUGUUCCCUAUUGACUUCUUGCAUGUACGACUAUGCAUUGGGGGAGACAUGCACCUCUGUCUUUGGUGCAUUGGAUAACAGUCAUUAUGCAUGAUAAAUCUUUAAUGUCAUUUUUCUAAUCUUUAAGUCAUUCAUUGAAAAAGGUUGCAGUUAAUUUUGGUUUGCUUUCAAUAAUUUACAUCUGAUACAGAGUAUGCAUUUGAGGCAAGUUGACUGUAGAAUUAAAAGGAGCAUUUUUAAAGGUAGGCCCAUAUUUCUAGUCCCACAAAUAUGAGCAUAAUCAAAUGCUAAUUGUUUUGUUUGUACUAAAGCAUUAUGUUACUAAUGUUCUUAUUAAAUUUAUAUUAUACAAGAUAUUUUAUUUAAUGUACUUAAGUUUGAAAUGUUUGCAUUAAUCUGGUUAAAAAACAUUUUGUUACUUGCAAAAUACAACAUGUUGUCAAAAAUUUAAUGAUUAUAAAAAUCUAAAGUGUACCAGGAUUUGAAGGGUUUAACAUGUGUCAGUGUUAUUAAGAUGGUAAUUGGUGCUUGUGUCACACGAUAUUAUGGAGAAAUGGUUGUGAAGGAGAGCUCUUGAUCUUUAUGUUACCAGUAAUGUUUCUUUAUGUAACAGGGUGAAUCCAUAUUUUUUCAGUUAGAUAACUUUCAGAUUGAUGUCUGGGGUAACACAUACUGAGUUAAAGCAUAUCACAUGUGUAGCAGCUCAGUAGGUAGAGCGUUGGUCUACGGAUCGCGGGGUCGUGAGUUCGAUCCUCGGGCGGGGCGUAUGUUCUCCGUGACUAUUUGAUAAACGACAUUGUGUCUGAAAUCAUUAGUCCUCCACCUCUGAUGAUUCAUGUGGGGAAGUUGGCAGUUACUUGCGAAGAACAGGUUUGUACUGGUUCAGAAUCCAGGAACACUGGUUAGGUUAACUGCCCGCCGUUACAUGACUGAAAUACUGUUGAAAAACGGCGUUAAACCCAAAAACAAAACAAACAAACAAAACAAACAUGUGUAGCAAGACAAUUUAUUAACAAAAUGUAAUACUGCAUUAGGUAGCACCUGCCUAUACUUAUGUAGAAGAUAAGGUAUUUUGUUGUCUACUAUCAAAUGGCAGAUUGAUUUCUAAGCACAUGGUUUGUAUAGUACAAAUUUGAAAAAUGGGUUUCAAGAUUACAAGAGAGUGUGUAAACUUUGAAUACAUUGUUAAACAUUUUUUAAGGUGCUCUAUUUUAUAAUGGAUUAGUAAUGGAUCUGUUCAGAACUUUUAUAUUUGAUCAUUUACACUCAUUUGUAUUCACAGUAUGCUUAUACAUGCUAGACUUUCACUUGAGGUAUUAUAAUUUUUUAUGGUUUUCUAUCCUUAUUGUCCUUAGUAUAAAUUUUGAUCUCGCCCACCUAGCUUAUCGUGAGUUUUAUCCUAGGCCUAUGUUUUCCUUGACAGUUUGAUAGAAAACAUCACAUCUGUGAAAUCAUUCAGGGGCCUCCCUGGCUGAGUGUUUAAGGGCGCUAACAUUAAAUCACUUGUCCCUCACCAAUGUUGGUUCGAGCCACACUUGGGGCAUUGAAUUCAUCAUGUGGAGAAGCCAUCUAGCUUCCUUACAGUUCUACCCAGGUGCCUGUCCAUGAUGAAUAAUGCACAGAAGGGUCCCUGGGGUCUUCCUCCACCAUCAAAGCUAGGAAGCCAACAUUUUACCUAUAAUUAGGUCACUGUGACUUUAAACCCAACCUUUAAAAGACUUAUUACAGAAAUCAUUUAUCCUCUAUCUCUGAUUCAUGAGGGUGAGUUGAUUGUUACUUGUUGAGAACGGGUUAGUACUGGUACCGAUCCAUGAACACUGGUAGGGCUAGGUAACUGAAAUACUGUUGAAAAACUGCUAAAUGCAAAUACAAGCAAAAACGAAAACUUGUUUUUUUGGUGCAUGUUGAUGCUGUUAGAUGGAAAUGUAAAACUAGAAACUACAUUGAAGUCAAAAGAAAAACAUUCUUUUAAGCAAUUUUAAUAUUAAAGGGAGAUAAUUGAAAAAGUUUAUAAUAAGAUGAAAAAGCAUACAUUUGUAAUAGGGGUCUUAUUCCACUUGGCAGAAUUUUCUUAUAUGAAUCUCAUAAUGUUAGAAAAGUGAAAAAUGUCAUGAAAUGUUGCUUAAAUUAGACUGACCACCUGCUGACACAUAUAUAUAGUGUAAAUUUGGUUGGAUUUUAUUGUCAAAAUAGUUUGUCCCCAUGAUAUUAAACAUGUCAGUUAUGCAGUCACAGAUAUACACUUCUGUUUAAAACUCUUCAAACAUGGAUAUUUGGCAAUAAAUAGGCCUUGAAAUAAAUUAUUUACUGUAUAUAGCAAUACUGAUAAAAGUGUAGUGAUUGUUAAAAAUACUUAUCUUGUAUUAAAGAUGAGCAUAAUUUUAUUAUGUAAAUAUAUUUCUAUAGUGUGAUCUAGUCAGAAAUUCCUUGUCAUGUGCCAUAUUUGGUGGCAGAUCUUUAAGUCUUCUUAAAAUGUUUGUGAUGGUUGAAAGGAUAACUCGGUUACUUUUCUUGAUGAUACACUAACCAUGUAAAUAAAGAAACCUGUAAAUUUAACAAUUUGUUUUAACUUGGAUAUGUUAAGUAAAUCCUACCCACCUAUAACACUUUAUGUUGACUAUGUAUUAUUAUUUGUAUUAGGUUUCUCUUCUUAUUGUUUAAAUAGACUUUAUCUUGUAUUACAUUUAAUAUCAUGCAUUUUAUUACUUUUUCUUUUCUUUUUUUUUCAAAUAGAGCUUUUUUAAAUUUUAUAUUACAUGUAUUAUUAUUUAUUGUAUUAUUUUUCUUUUCUUGUUGUUUGGAUAGAGAUUUUUUUGUAUUGUAUAUAUUACAUGACAUUGUAUUACUAUUGCCUCAUUGUACAGAAUACCGGUAUGAUAUAACUUUCAUCUUACAAAAGCUCAUUACAGAAUUGCUGAUACCACUGAUCAGAAACUAUCACAAUGACAUCUAAAUUGAAACUUGUUCUCAUCCACUAACUGACAAUUGCUUGGCACUUUUAGGUUUUAAAGUUCUGGGAUGAUUGCAUGUAGUCAUUAUAUGAGAAUGAAGUAAUUGUUUGGUCAGUAUAACAAACAUCAGGGUUUACAGAAAUGGUCAAAUGGAAUAUGUUUUCUGAUCAGACACCAGAUUGUUUGGUUGGUGGUCAAUGAUAAAGGUCAAAUAACCUUUUGAGUAAAACCACCUUAUCAUCACAAAGGGGGGGUCGCAGUUAGGUGUCUGCGCAAAAUGUUUUUUGAUUUUCUUUAUAUUUUAUGACAAUACACCUACA